AUGAUCUUUUCCCUGUCUGAGUUAGUCAGCUGGCUGGGACUGACGUUAUUUGAAAUAUGGAUCAAUUUGAUGUCUUACUUCAUCUUUAUAGUUUUACUGGCAUUGAAGUUAGAUCAGUUUACUUUUAAAGAUAACAACGAUUGGUGGAUAGUCUUUUCUCCUCUGUUUGUCGCUGAUGCUUUGAACUCUUACUUUUGUGUCAUUGUUUUUAUAAGACAGUACAUGGAAGGAAUGGUGAAAAGUGGUGUAAUGCGAGGCUUGUGGAGUUUGAUAUCACUGCUGUUACUGUUUAUUUUUAAGUAUCUUCUUUGUAGAAAAUUGACUGGACAGAGUGCUCUUGAGUACUCUGAAGUACUCAGUCCAGUUUUCAUUCUUCUACAGUUAAUUGCUAUAAGGGCAUGCCAACUUCAUUGACCCCAUCUCAGAGCUGAGACUGAUGAAUGUGCAACUGCACACUUCCAAGCCAACCAGUUGUUACUUACAUGGACACUGAAUUCAUUUCAAUUUAACGUGUUGAAGUGAUAACUAAAUGAACUGCAUCCAGAGUUGAAAAAUGUGUUGGUUAAAUCUAUACAUGUAUGAAUGUCAAGACAAUUUAUGUCAUAAAGUUCUACAGUCUCUGUUUUGAAAUAUAUAUAUGAUGUGAUUCAGCAUAGCUAAUUAUUAACUAACUCCUUUUUUUGUAUGAUUUUUAGUGUGAAUACAUGUACAUAGUCAAAUGUCAAGAAUCUAAUGGAUACACAUGAGGAUACAAUGUAACAUAUGAUAUUUUGUAAAUAAAUUUUUCAUAAG